AUGUCUACGCUCGGGCAACCGGUGCCGCUGCGCAGAGCGACUGGAAAGCGGAAACGUCCUCAAUCAGCACAGAUUGCUGCUGCCGAUGGGUUGGCUACAGCAGAUGGUCCGCCCGAGGCGGAUUCGCCGGUGAUCAAAGAAGAGGAGGGAGUUCCGAAGGCACGCCGAACGGCGAAGUCAAAGAAAGCGCCAAAGCUGCAGAAGGCAGACUCAAGUAUACAAGCUGUUGAUUGUCUCGUUGAGUGGCCUGAAUGGUUCAAGAGACUGGAGAAGACGCACCGGGCGCUGAAUCUUGUCUUUACGUUCUGCAGCACCAGAAAGCACCUAGCUACUACGUUUGAUACGAUUCGCUCCACAGUCGAGUCUCAUAUCAAGCGGGAGCUGCUCAUCGAGGAUGUAGCGGCGAUUGUGGCUCUUCGUCCAACAGGCAUCAAUUUCGGCUAUGUGGAUGAGGUCAUGCUGCAAAUCGAUGUCAAGGGAGCAGAAAAAGACGAUACUUUCAAGACCGGCAGGUAUAGAGGCAAGUCUUCACAGGCGUAUGCGCCCGAUGCAUCCGUCGGUGGCUUCACUGGCAGAGAAGGUCUUGGCCCGGAGGAGGACAUCGAGACAACCGGAAAGGAAGUUCUUUACUUAGAGUUCAUUGACGGCGACCUGAAGCGCCAGGUACAAGACAAGAAGACUGGGGAGCCGACAAAGCCGACAAGGAAGCUCCGGGAGGAGGAGCUUAAGAUGCCAGUCUUUAGCCAGAAGCAGUUGACGGAGCUCAUCGAGAAGCGCAACGCUAGAUUCACAAACGCAGCAAAUGAGUUUAUCAACCGAUGUGUUGCCGACAGUCUUGAUCCAGAGAUGGCUCUCAAGAGCGAGGCUGAGAAGUUCAUCCCGCAGCCAACUGAGACCCGAGAGUCUUCGCCACAGCUGGUACCAAGUACGCUCCCAGAAUCGAUCCCGACGGAACGGAAGACGAUUCCGGAAAUCAUACAAGAACUGAAAGAGAGCUCCUGGUACACGGGACAGAUUGUCCCUGAUGGCCACCGGGUGUUUGACGCUCAAGAGCCGGUGUACGGAGAUCUUAACUUUCUCUUGAGUCAAGAUUUGGUGAACGCACUAUACAACGCGAAAGGCGUCACGCAGUUCUACGCUCAUCAAACUGAGGCCAUCAAUAAUCUUCACGACGGACAUCACGUCGUUGUCUCGACUUCGACAAGUUCGGGCAAGUCACUAAUCUAUCAGCUACCGGUUUUGCACGCCUUAGAGAGUGACCACAAUGCGAGAGCCAUGUACAUAUUCCCCACAAAAGCUCUGGCUCAAGAUCAGAAACGGAGCCUGAAGGAGAUGCUUUCCUAUCUACCAGGUUUAGAAGAAGUCUUGGUCGAGACUUUCGAUGGAGACACCCCCAUGAAGGAGAGGAAUCUCAUUCGUGACGAAGCCCGCAUCAUUUUCACUAAUCCAGACAUGUUGCACAUUACCAUUCUUCCUCAGGAAGAGAGGUGGCGAACAUUCUUGAAGAAUCUGAAAUAUGUUGUCGUUGACGAGCUACAUUAUUAUAACGGGUUGAUGGGAUCACACGUUGCAUUCAUCAUGAGGCGCUUACGACGGAUAUGUGCAGCAGUAGGAAACAGGCGCGUUCGCUUCAUAUCAUGCUCUGCCACAGUAGCCAACCCCGAACAGCAUUUCAAGACAAUAUUUGGCAUUGAUGAUGUCAAACUGGUUGAUUUUGACGGUUCGCCGUCUGGUCGCAAGGAGUUCCUCUGUUGGAAUACGCCUUUCAAGGAAGCUGGCGAUCCCUCGAGCGGGCGUGGCAAUGCCAUGUACGAGUGUGCUCGUCUAUUUUGCCAACUCAUCUUACGCGGUGUUCGUGUCAUCGCAUUCACCAGGGUCAGGGAACAGUGUGAGAAGCUUGUUGGAGCUGUGAAACACGAAUUGCAGACCCUUGGACGACCCGAAUGCAUCGCACGUGUGAUGGGUUACCGUGGCGGUUACACCGCGCAAGAUCGGCGCCAGAUCGAGACCGAAAUGUUCGAGGGCAAGCUGAUGGGCAUCAUCGCGACCACUGCGCUUGAACUGGGUGUUGACAUCGGAUCCCUGGACUGUGUACUCACCUGGGGGUUUCCAUACACAAUCGCCAAUCUGAGACAGCAGAGUGGCAGAGCUGGCCGACGGAACAAGGACUCACUUUCCAUUCUGGUUGGCGACUGUUUUGCUACAGACCAGCAUUACAUGCAGAAUCCUGAUGAGUUGUUCACGAAGCCGAACUGCGAACUGCAGGUCGACCUUGACAACAUGCUCGUUCGAGAGGGUCAUGUGCAGUGUGCAGCAUAUGAAAUGCCAAUCCGACCACAGGUGGAUGCCCAAUAUUUUGGAGACGAUUUACUUAAACUGUGUGAAGAGCGACUUCUGAAGGAUGAAUUAGGUUUCUUCCACUGCCAUGACAGAUUUCGGCCGCUACCUUCCAAGUUCGUCUCUAUAAGAGAUACCGAAGAUGAGCAUUUUGCAAUUAUCGAUAUCAGCCACGGCCGAAAUGUGGUUCUGGAAGAGCUCGAAGCGUCCAGAGCGACCUUCACCAUAUACGAUGGUGCCAUAUUCCUGCACCAAGGCAAUACGUAUCUCGUCAGGGACUUCAACCCGGAGAGGCAUAUGGCAAAGGUCGAGAAGGUCAAAGUAGACUGGACCACGGAACAGCGAGACUUCACCGACAUCGACCCGAUCGAGACGGAGGCCAUUAAACAAAUUCCAAAUUCUCGAUCAAGGGCAUUCCAUGGAACCAUCAAAAUCACGCAGGUUGUCUUUGGAUACUUCAAGGUCGACAGGAACAAGCGUAUUCUUGACGCUGUCCACGUCAGUAAUCCGCCAGUCAUCCGAUACAGCAAGGGCAUGUGGCUCGAUAUACCAAAGCAGGCUUUGGAGAUCCUGGUCGAGCGGCGACUUCACGUAGCAGGCGCCAUUCAUGCGGCCGAGCAUGCCAUCAUGAGUCUUGUUCCGAAUUUUGUCAUCAGCAUGCCGACCGACAUACGCACGGAGUGUAAGAACAGCCUCAAGGAGUUCGCGCAAAAAGAAACUCAGCGGAAGCGACCCGCUCGGCUCACCUUCUACGAUGCAAAGGGUGGUGCUGGCGGGUCAGGAAUCAACACGAAAGCAUUCGAGUUCAUUGACUUACUCCUGAUGCAGGCGCUCGAGCGCGUGGUCGGGUGUGGGUGUCUGUCGGGAUGCCCGGAGUGUGUGGCAUCAGAGUUCUGUAAAGAGGCGAAUGAGGUCAUGAGCAAGGCGGGAAGUGAGGUGAUCCUGAAGAGUCUCCUGAACAUUGAAAUUGACGUGGAUGCAUUGCCGAUGGGACCAGAGGAGUUCAGUCCCGCUGGCGUUGAGACGGUGGUCCUGGCGCAGCCUGUUCUACCGAGAGACAAGAGACUUCUUCAGGAGCUAGGUAUCAAGCUGGAAGAAGAUGAGGGCGAGGGAGUGCUUGCGAGUGUUCCGCGGGUGAAUGUACGAGAAACAUGA